AUGGGGUCUAAGAACAAUCCAGCAAAUAGAAGAAGAAGUCCAUUAUCUAUAAUCAUUGUGUUUGGGCUGUGUUGUUUCUUCUACUUACUAGGAACAUGGCAGAAAAGUGGUUUUGGAAAGGGAGAUAGUAUAGCAAUGGACAUAACCAAGAAAACAGAAUGUGAGGAAGACUUUUCCACCCUUGAUUUCCACCCUCAUCACAAUAUUCCCAUUCCCGAUUCUUCCAAACCAAAAUCCAAAACCUUCAAACCAUGUGAUGUCAAAUACACCGAUUACACCCCCUGCCAUGAACAAGACAGAGCCAUGAGGUUCCCAAGAGAAAACAUGGUAUACAGAGAAAGACAUUGCCCCCCUCAAGAAGAAAAGUUGAAAUGUCUUAUUCCAGCUCCAAAAGGGUAUUCAACUCCAUUUCCAUGGCCAAAAGGUCGUGACUAUGUCCAUUAUGCUAAUGUCCCUUUCAAACAUUUAACUGUUGAGAAGGCGAAUCAACAUUGGGUUGAGUAUCAAGGCAAUGUCUUUAAGUUUCCAGGUGGUGGAACAAUGUUUCCUCAAGGAGCAGAUGCAUAUAUUGAUGAACUUGCAUCAGUGAUUCCAAUUGCUGAUGGAUCUGUUAGAACAGCUCUUGAUACUGGUUGUGGGGUUGCAAGCUGGGGUGCAUAUCUGAUGAAGAGAAAUGUUUUAGCCAUGUCAUUUGCACCAAGGGAUAAUCAUGAAGCACAAGUUCAGUUUGCUUUAGAGCGAGGUGUCCCUGCUAUUAUUGGUGUUCUUGGAUCAAUAAAACUUCCUUUUCCUUCAAGAGCUUUUGAUAUGGCUCAAUGCUCACGAUGCCUCAUACCAUGGGGUGAAAAUGAUGGGAAGUAUCUAAUGGAAGUUGAUCGAGUUCUUAGACCUGGUGGAUUUUGGAUUUUAUCUGGUCCUCCGAUUAACUGGAAGACAUACUAUCAGACAUGGAAAAGGUCAAAGGAGGAUUUGAGAGCUGAACAAAGAAAGAUUGAAAAACUUGCUGAAUCUCUUUGUUGGGAGAAGAAAUAUGAGAAAGGAGAUAUUGCUAUUUGGAGAAAGAAAGUUAAUCCCAAAUCUUGCAAAAUCAAUCCUGCAAAUUUCUGUAAAUCAACUGAUACCGAUAAUGUCUGGUACAAGAAAAUGGAAACAUGUGUAACUCCAUACCCUAAAGUAAACACUGCAAAUGAAGUAGCAGGAGGGGAGUUGAAAAAGUUUCCAGCAAGGCUACAGGCAGUGCCACCUGUCAUAUCCAAGGGACUAGUUCCAGAAGUUUCUAUUGAAUCUUAUCAAGAAGAUAGUAAAAUUUGGAAGACAUAUGUUGCUACUUACAAAAGGGCAAAUCGGUUAAUUGGCACUUCAAGAUAUAGAAAUAUAAUGGAUAUGAAUGCUGGUUAUGGAGGUUUUGCUGCAGCAAUUGAGUCUAAUAAAUUAUGGGUGAUGAAUGUUGUGCCUACUAUUGCUCCAAACACAUUGGCUGCUGUUUUUGAGCGAGGUCUUAUUGGUAUAUAUCAUGACUGGUGUGAAGGCUUCUCCACUUACCCAAGAACAUAUGAUCUUAUCCAUGGAAAUGGUCUAUUCAGCUUGUAUGAGAACAAAUGUGAUCUAGAAGAUAUCCUCCUAGAAAUGGAUCGAAUUUUGAGGCCUGAAGGAUUAGUGAUACUUCGAGAUGAAGUAGAUGUGUUGACCAAAGUCAUGAAAAUUACAGCUGGCAUGAGAUGGGAUGUUAAAUUGCUUGAUCAUGAAGAGGGGCCUUUUGUUCCAAAAAAGAUAUUUGUCGCGUAUAAACAAUAUUGGGUUGGAAACAAAGGGAAUGAUACAUCAUCAAGUGAGUGAUUAACAAAACUGUUUUAGUAAAAAAAAAAAAGUAGUAUUUUGUAUUAUCCCACGACCCAAACGGAUUUUUUCCAUAAGAGGAAAAUCAAGAUUUGCGUUGGUUAUAUGCAUUUCGAUGUGGGUGUUGAUGUAGAUUGUUUUAACUAUUCGUAAAAACCUUUUAAUGUUGUUAUUUUUAGGUUAUUUAGCUUAAAAGUAUUGCAUGGUUGAUAGGUUUUUGAUAAGGCAUACAACGGAUGUGCAUGGUAAUUGAGGUGACAACAUAAAUAUGUUGAAAAUUUUUGGUUAUUAGGCUAAGGUUGUGAGUAAUACUAUGUAAUGCAAGUUUUAAUACCAAAU